AAACAAGUAGUGCAAAUGGCCUCAGAAAUUCAAACACAGUUAUCAGGACAAGGAAUGGGAAUGGGAAUGGGAAUGGGAAGGCCUUCUUCAAAUGAGUCGACAGAAAAGGCGAACCAAGCAAUUAAAGAUCAAAUAUUUCAAGCAGCUAUGGAGAAUAAGUGGACAAACGUUAAGCAUCUGUACAUCAACAACAAGUUUGUUCAUGAAUCCAAACUCACUCGAUCUGAAGAUACUGCUCUUCACUUAGCUAUCACUUCUUAUCAUCCAGAUCGAGACGACUCUUUACAGCAUCCUCAUCUUACUUGUAUCAAGGAAAUGAUUGCUGACAUAUCAAAGGAAAAUCGACUAUGUAUCUUAAAGCAGAAGAAUGAUAAAGGGAACACACCUCUUCACCUUGCAGCAGAACUUGGGAGUGUCCCGAUUAUUGAGUGUAUGGUAAACUCAGCAGACCGUGAUCUCAUCUGGGAGACCAAUUCAAAAGGGGAAACCCCCUUAUUCGUAGCUGCUUAUCGUGGCAAGCUACAAGCUUUUCUCUACCUACAUAACUGUUGUCUAAAUGAAAAAGGAGAAGGUCCAAUUGAACUUUGUAGGAGGGAAGAUGGGGAUAACAUUCUACAUGCCGCCAUCUCUGGCGAGUACUUCGAUCUGGCUUUUCAGAUAAUACAUUACUAUGGGCAACUUGUCAACCGUUACAACGUAGAGGGCAUGUCUCCUCUACACUUCCUUUCCAGGAUGCCUCAAGUAUUCAAAAGUGGCAGCCAUUUUCGGUUCAUAGAUAGCCUCAUCUACUACUGCACAAAUAUCGAAGAGCUAGAGUUAAUGACAUAUGAAGCUGAAGAAAAAGAAGAUUCAUAUAGUAAGCUUGAAUGGAAUCUCCCAGAGAACUACCAAACAAUGGUGGAGUUCUUGGAACUACUUUGGAAUGGGACAUUGAAAACUCUAAAUUAUCUUAAGCGAACAUAUUGUGGGAAUCAAGAAGACCUGUCUAAAGAUACUACAGAAGAAACUGAUGUGAAUCAAGGGAAGAAUUCCAAAGGAGCAACUAAUGAGAAUCAAGAGAAUAAGUCGAAAGGCCAUCAAAGUUAUCAUCAAAAUGACCUCGAGAAUCCCUCAAUUCAAGCUGAAAGGAAGAGAAACCGCAAGUUGUUUCCAGCCAAUUACACCAUCUUUAUCGAGUUCCUCAAAUGUAUAAUGAAGAUUGUACUUAUUGUAUUGGGUAUUGGACUCCAAAGGACAAAAAAACUAGAGGAAAGGAAAAGGCAACAUACAUGGGGAGUUCAAAUUAUGAAGUUGAUGAUUGAGAAAGAAGAACGUUACAAAUUCUAUGAAAGUACUGGGGAGAAGCCAGAAGAUACGUACCUCUAUAGUCAAAUUGGAGCACCUCCUACAGCACCCCCUCCAACAGAUGACAUUGCACAGAUCGAGCAACCACCAACUUCAAGCACAGAUAAGAAGAAAGAUGAUCUCAAGCCCGAGAUGUCCAAGACCAAGGAGACACCGCUAUUAGUGGCAUCAAAGAUGGGUACUGUAGAGAUGGUACAGAGGAUCCUCAAAAAGUUCCCAAUAGCCAUUCAAGAUACGGACUGUAACGAGAAGAACAUACUGCUUUUAGCUGUAGAGCAUAGGCAAACAGAUGUCUAUAAUUGGUUAAUAGGAGAAAAGUAUCCAGACUACGUGUUUUAUCAUGUGGACAAACAUGGAAACAAUGCAGUGCACCUAGCUGCAAUGUAUCAGAAGCUCGAGGUGUGGCGCAUCCCUGGUAGUGCUCUACAGUUGCAAGGCGAAAGGAAGUGGUACAAGUAUGUCAAGCACACUUUGCCACCACAAUCAUAUGUUCGUUAUAACAAUAAAGGUCAGACACCAAGACAGAUCUUCGUAGAGACACAUGCAAAGUUACUCAGUGAUGGAACUCAAUGGCUCGUCACAACUGCCAAUUCAUUCUCUGUCGUAGCAGCACUGAUUGCUACUGUUGCAUUUGCUACAUCUGCCACAAUCCCAGGCGGAGCCGAUGAUAAUGGCCAUCCACACUUAGAAAAUCAGCCUGCUUUCGACGUGUUCUCUAUAACAUCACUAGUUUCUCUUUGCUUCUCUGUCACGGCCCUAGUGUUUUUCUUAGCUAUCCUCACAUCUCGAUGCCGACACAAUGAUUUCGAGAAAGACUUGCCAAGAAAGUUGCUCCUUGGAUUAACUUCGCUUUUUGCAUCAAUAACUGCCAUUUUGAUCUCAUUCUGUGCUGCACAUUUCUUUGUCCUCCGGGAAAAAUUCAGGACUGCGGCAAUUCCAAUAUAUGGGGUAACAUGCAUACCUGUGGUGUUUUUUGCAUUUAAUCAGUUCCCUCUCUAUGUUGAUCUUAUAAGGUCAUACAUCCAAAACCUACCACUUCGUAGCUAUAAGGUGUUUUAUACCGAUUCCUCAGAAGCAACUAGCUCAGAUCAGAAGAAAGAAGGUAAAGAAAAGGAUGAUUGAAACAGGUCGAAAUUAUGACAAGAGCAGAGCGUUGCACGGUUUCCUACUUCAGUUUCCAAAUAAGCCUGGGUUGUUUUGUGUCAAAAAAUGAUGAAUUCCAAGAAAGGUUUCCCUUCGUCGAGAGGAGGCAAGGUGGAGAUAUAAUUUUUCUAUCUAUAUCCUUGAAGAAACUCACACUUUUUUAAGCGUUCCAUGAUUUCGUGUACCUUUUUUUCCAGACUAAAGCUAGUUAAGAAUAGGGUGCUAAAUGUUGUUUGAUCCCGCAAUUCAUGUGAACUUGAGGAAGUCUUAGGGAACUUUCUAGGCAUUUUAACCCCUGGGAUGCUAUCCUCAUAAUUACACAAAUUGGGAUAGGCCCAUGCUAGACUUUCGCCCCUGAGCUACCACCCUUCUAUACCAAUUGGGAUCGACCCAUGCUAGGCAUUUGUCAAGGUAUUAUCCUAUUUUGUAAAAUUAUUGAACAAGGAAAAAGUUUAGCUUUUCAAGGAUCAUUUUUUAUCCAAUAUGACUUAAAUCCAAAUAUAAAGAUUACUCCCCAGCAUACCUCGCUCAAGCUCUAUUUAAUUUGGAUUGUAGCUGGUCCAUUUAAAGAGUGAUAGAAUGUAGAUUUAAGGACACUACAAGAGUGACGGAGAACCAAAUUUGAUUUAUGCCGGUAAAUUUACAACAGAUGCUAUAAUUUUGUUAAGGAGAUCGAUGGGAGUUUAUAGCAAGGGGAAAAAAAGAUUGGUGUUCAUUGACGUAGAGAAAGUCAUAUAGCUAGAAAGGUCCUUUGGUGGGUGUUGGAGACGAGAGGAAUUUAUAUUACAUUAAAUAUAUAAAUGAUAAAACGGACAUGUAUUUAGGAGCCAUCACUAGCAUAAAAACAGUAGUAGGAGAUGCAACGGAAUUUCUCAUAACCAUGAGUUUACACCUAGGGUCGGCAUUGAGCAUGUACUUGUUCACCCUUGUGAUGCAUGAGCUAAUAACUACAAUACAAGAUGAAGUUCCAUGUUGUAAACGGUAGUGUGCUAAAUCACAAAACCAACGAUGGUACAUGGUAACUCUGCCCACCAAAGUUCAGACAGAUGGGAAGAAAUCACACCUAGUGUCUUGUGCCUCCACUGAGAU